AGGGGAGCAACCAAGCUGCUUGGGGAAGCGCAUCAGCAAAAGCAACCGGGGAGCUGCAAGGAGAGGACACCGGACAACACAGCGGCGACGCAACGCGCGAGAGAGCAAGCCGGAGCCGGGCGCUGGUCCAGACGAUUGCAGGAGCGCGGCAAUCCAUCAUGUGGCUGGACCGGUUUGCUGGACAGCAUCAGCAUCCGGGAAGCACGCCGUCUCCGCCGAGCAACAGCCAGAGCCGCGCGCAGUCGCCGCUGCCUCGCCGGACAUCGAGCGCGCGGGGUCCGUACCUCACAUCGCAGAGGCCCGGCCUCACGUCGAGGACGUCUUCGCUCUCACUUGUCUCCAACGACUCCUCGUCUUCGCUGCUCGGCGCGUCACGACGCACCAAUGGCUCGGCCCUGAAGCAGUCGACCACCGUCGGCGACGCUCCAGACCCGGAAGCGGUCCUAGCGAGGAUUCUCGGGCCCCGACCCGACACAGCCGCUCCGGAGGACGACCGACCAAGGGGUAUUUCGGAGGAGGAUUUGGACUUGGACUUUGACUUUGGUGGCCUCUCGGUGCGCGAGCUCGCCAGCGAGGAAACCGACCGAGCGGCUACAGACACGUACAGGCCGCAGACUGUAGAAGACUACGAGCGAGAUAAAGCCAAGUUCGAACAACUGCACCGGUCCAUCCGCGCGUGCGACGACAUCCUGAGCUCGGUCGAGUCCAACCUCACCAGCUUCCGCAAUGACCUGGCCGCCGUGUCCGCCGACAUCGAGAGCCUGCAAGCCCGGUCCAGCGCGCUCAACGUUCGGCUAGAAAACCGCAGAGCUGUGGAGAAGGCACUGGGGCCGAUCGUGGAGGAACUGAGCAUACCGCCCACGGCCGUGUCCAAGAUCUCGGAGGGGCACAUCGACGAGGCAUGGGUCAAGGUCCUGGCCGAGGUGGAUAAGAGGGCUACGGCUCAGAAGAAAAAUGCGCAGCACGCGCAAACCAAGGCGCUGGCCGACGUAGGGCCGCUGCUGGAGAAGCUGGUUCUCAAAGCGGUCGAGCGGAUACGGGACUUUCUCGUCGCGCAGAUCAAGGCAUUGAGGUCGCCCAAUAUCAAUGCCCAAAUCAUUCAGCAGCAAAACUUCCUCAAGUUCAAAGACCUCUUCUCCUUUCUCCACCGGCACCAGCCCGUCCUUGCGGGCGAGAUCUGCCAGGCCUACCUCAACACCAUGCGCUGGUAUUACCUGAACCAAUUUACCCGCUACGAAAAGGCGCUAGAGAAGCUCAAGCUCCACGUUCUUGACAAGAAUGACGUCCUAGGCCACGACGACACGUCGAGGAGGACGACGGUCCUCUCUGGGUCCAAAAUCGGGGGCGCUCCACACGACCCCUUCAACCUGGGGCGGAGGAUAGAGGUCCUCAAGACCACCAACCAGCUCGCCAUCUCAUCGUACCUCGCCGAGGAAGACCAAUCCACCCACUACCUGGAGGUGCCGUUCCGCAACUUCAACCUCGCGCUCAUCGACAACGCCACGGCCGAGUACACGUUCCUGGCGGCCUUUUUCAGCCCGGCGCUCUCGUUCGCCGCCAUCUCGCGGCACUUCAACUACAUCUUCGAGCCGACCUUCGCCAUCGGGCAGGCGCUGACGCGGCAGCUCGUGGCCGACACGCACGACGCGCUCGGCGUGCUGCUGUGCGUGCGCCUCAACCAGCACUUCGCCUUCGAGCUGCAGCGCCGCCGCGUGCCCGCCGCCGACGGCUACAUCAACGGCACCGCCAUGGCGCUCUGGCCGCGCCUGCAGAGCAUCAUGGACGCGCACGGCGAGUCGGUGCGCGCGCUGACGGCGGGCCUGCCCGCGCGCGCCGCCUCCGCCGCGUCCGCCAAGGCCGCGUCCGCCGCCCCGCACGUCGUCACGCAGCGCUUCGGUCAGCUGCUGCACGGCAUCCUGGCGCUGAGCGCCGAGGCCGGCGGCGACGACGAACCGGUCGCCGCCAGCCUGGGGCGGCUGCGCAACGAGGUCGAGGCGUUCCUGACCAAGACCAGCCAGGCGACCUUCGGGGCGGACAAGCGGAAGAGGGAGCGGUUCUUGUAUAACAACUACAGCUUGAUCCUGACGAUCAUUAGCGACGUCAGCGGGAAGCUGGCGGAGGAGCAGCAGGAGCAUUUCGAGGCGCUGAAGGCGAGUUAUCAGGAGGCUGGCUAACCCCGUCAGGAGUAGCGAGAUUCGGAUGGCGUUCUUGGGCGUUGUUGGGGCGUGAUGCUGGCUGUUUCUAUUGUUGAUCAUUAGGCGCUUCGUGACGAAACAGCGGGAUAAGUUGACGUUCUUAAUGUAACAGAGAAGGUUGUGAGGGAUAUCAUGUAGCAAAUACCGGCCCGUACAACUCCGCCCCGCUCCCAUGGCGCCAGAAGU